AUGUUUCAUUCUCUCAUUUGCCUUCUUGUUGCUCUGGCCCAACGGUCACUUGCCCAGGAUUAUGCACUUGGGUCAACAUCGUUAUUUGGUUCUGAUUCGACCUUCGACACCGCCAUACCCGAAGAUCCCACUGCCUCGAUUGUUUUUGUUGAGCCGGAUGUCUCAUUGCGAUGCCCUAUCCAGCCCUUUCAGUCCUACCUGUUCAGCCAGAAUCCUCCAGUCGUGUACGUGGCUUCUUUUGUCAACGACGCUGAGGCGCGUCAUCUAAUUCAGAAAAGGUUUGUCAAUCUAAUAGCUACUGGUUGGACCUUAUUCCUUAUGUCUUACUUAUCUAGCGGACCAAACCUUGCCCCUGCCUUUGUCUAUGGCUUCGGCCAAACCCAAGUGGAUCAAAGCGCCAGAAAGUCCCUUACAGCCCUCCCCGAACGAGAUGAUGUAGUUCGCUGCCUUGAGCAACGCGCACGGAAAAGCCAGGAAUGGGAGCCUGGUAUGACGAUCGAAGCUAUUUCUGUGCAACUAUAUGAAGAAAAUGGUUUCUUCAGACACCACUACGAUGCUUUCGGGGGAACCCACAAACAGGACCGGAAAACCACGUUGAACGUAUUCUUGCAAGCGAACUGCACUGGGGGUGGCACGCACUUUCCCUACUUGCCAAGACCUGACGAUGAGAGGUGGUGCCAGUUUAUUGACUGUAACUCGGACCUGCCAGGUGUGACUUUCAAGCCCAUUAGCGGCAAUGCUAUCUUCUGGGAGAAUAUUCGACCGGAUGGGACUGUGUAUCCAGAGACUCUCCAUGCUGGCUUGCCCAUUCUGUCCGGAAGUAAGAUCGGAAUGAAUAUUUGGACCUGGACCAAGGAGCGCGGGUCCUAA